GACUUCUCGCGGGGAAUUGUGGGUACCAGGUGGAAGCAAGAUGGCGGCGGCUCCGCUGCUCCCGACGCAUCGGCGCUACGUGAACGGCGUUCCCGUGCCGCAGAGACAGACUCUCCGCAUGAGCGAGAAGUUCAUGGUGCUGCUCAUAGUCGCUGCCUUUCUGUUCGUCCUCGUGGGGGCCAUGUUUUUCCUUCCCGAGUUCCGAGAGAAGGUGGUAGGGCCAGGCGAGCCCGGGGACAUUUUCCGGCCUCAGCCGCCGGCUUCGCCUCCAGUGGGGGGACUCAAGUUCCACCAGCACGAUUUCGACCCCGUCGAGAACGUCGCCAGGGACGUGGUGGACCCUGGUAAAUCCCGGGGCAAGCAGGAACUUGAAAUCGAGCAGGAGAAGGUCCUCCAGGAGGCCAGGCAAGUCCUGAACAAGUUUCAGGACGACGAUGUCAAAAACGACAUCAAGCAGGAUAAAGCGAAGCUCCAACAACAGAGAGAGGAGGAGGAGAAGAGGAAACAGGAAGAGCAAAAUAAGGAGCUUCUGGAAGUCAACAGGGUCGACACCGGGGCAGUGGGAGUGAGCGGUGGCGAGCCCACAGACCACGACACCAAGAUGAGACGAGACAAAAUCAAAGAGAUGAUGAAGUUUGCGUGGGACAACUACGUGCAAUACGCCUGGGGUCAGAACGAGCUGAAGCCCAUCUCCAGACGGGGUCACUCCGCCAGCAUCUUCGGGAACUCUGCGAUGGGUGCCACGAUCGUGGAUGGGCUGGACACGCUGUACGUCAUGGGGCUCAUGGAUGAGUACAAGAAGGGCCGCGACUGGAUCGCAACCAACCUCAAAAUGGAGGCGACUGCAGACAUCUCAGUAUUUGAGGUGACCAUCCGCUUCCUGGGGGGUCUGCUGGCUGCUUUUGCCAUGACCGGAGACCAGAUGUUUAAAGACAAGGCUGUGUUGAUCGCCGACAAGCUGCUGCCUGCCUUCAACACUCCUACAGGCAUUCCCUGGGCACUCAUCAAUACCAAGAGGGGAAAUGGUCGUAACUGGGGCUGGGCAUCUGGUGGUUCCUCACUCCUAGCAGAGUACGGCACGUUACACCUGGAGUUUGCCUACCUGACUGAGCUGACUGGGAACUCUGUAUACCUGGACAAGGUAAAAAGAGUGCGUGAGGUGAUCUCGGAGUUAGACAAGCCAGACGGACUCUACCCCAUCUACAUCAACCCCAAGACUGGCAAGUGGGGACAAAACCACGCGUCCCUGGGAGCGAUGGGAGACAGUUUCUAUGAGUACCUCCUGAAGUCCUGGAUCAUGUCCGGGAAAGUGGACAACAAUGCUCGCAGGAUGUACGACCAGGCCAUGACGGCUAUUGACAAGAUGAUGGUUCAGAAGUCUGCCUCAGGCCUGACGUACGUGGGAGACUACAAGAACAAGCGGGUGGAGAAGAAAAUGGACCAUCUAUCCUGCUUCUCUGGCGGGAUGUUCAUGCUAGGUGUAGAAGGAGCGCCUGAAGAGCUGAAGGACAGGUACAAGGAGCUGGGCACGGAGAUCACCCACACCUGUCACGAGUCUUACAUUAGAUCAGCCACCAAGCUUGGUCCCGAGGCGUUCAGGUUUGAGGGGAAUGUUGAGGCGAUGUCCAUCCGGCAGAACGAGAAGUACUACAUCCUCAGGCCGGAGGUCAUCGAGUCGUACUUCUACAUGUGGAGAUUUACCAAGGACCCCAAGUACCGGGACUGGGGCUGGGACGCAGCACAGGCCUUAGAGAAGUACUGUAGAACACCCGGCGGCUUCACAGGCAUCCGAGACGUCUACAACGCCAACCCCGCCCAAGACGACGUUCAACAGAGCUUCUUCCUAGCAGAGACUCUUAAAUAUCUUUACCUCCUUUUCUCAGAGGAUACUCUACUACCUUUAGACUUCUGGGUCUUUAACACAGAGGCCCACCCCCUCCCUAUAAAGACUUCAAUAGGUGCCAAAGACAGUCAUGCCAACGAUAGAAGGUAGUAUGCUGCAGAGAGGCUGCUGGAAUGAUCCAUUCCAAACGGGGGUGGGAAGGGGGUAGGUGUAGGGAUAAACUAAAAUUGCAAUUUCGAAUUUUUAUGAAGAUGAUGAUGGUUGAUACUUGCAAUUGUAGAUGUUGCCAAUUUGUAUAUUGUAAAAAGGAAUCAUGGAAUUUAUAUGUUUGUUUUUUGUGUGUGUGAUUGAGUAGAGGUGGGAGGAGAGGUACAUUGGAUUGAUGUAAAACUGGCCACUUUACAUGUAGAUUUGGAAAGUCCUUUUCCAAACUGCUCCAGGGUACCAUAUUGGAUGCCCUGCAGUACAACUUGAUGUACAGUCAAGCUUUACUUCGGCAUUUCAAAAGCAUACUCACCUUAACAUCAUGUCAUCUUUACUUCUAUCAUAGCAGAGACAGUUUUGAUGAUGUUGAAUUUGAAAAAAAAAUAUUCUGAAAAAAUUCCUGUCUUUUCUUGAUUUAAUGUGACCAGUGCUAGGCCCUGUCCACUGAUUUUUUUUAAACAAUAAUUAUUGCCUAUUUUAAUGCUCUUUUUAGAUUUGCAAUUGGUGGCAUAAUUAUCAGCAAUACUUGGUGUGUGCAUUUUUCCACCUGGCUUACUUUGCUUCCACCAGUGAUGAUGUAAUUUGACAAUCAUGUUUGCUGGUCUAUCUGUGCCCAGCUGUAGUACUGAUGUACCUACAUUAGAACAGUGUUUUUGUCAUCAGCAGUUAAAAUUGUGAAACUAUUUUCCAACUCAAUCAUUAGACUCACAAAAUCAGUUCCUCCUGAAGGAGACCAGACGACUUGGUGGUAAGAAACUUGGCAUUAAAUAUUUAAAAUCCAAUCUGUGUGUUCCCUACCCUAAUGACAAUGGAAAAUGGUUGUGAGGGGGUCCAGUGGUUGUGUUGAUUGGCCAGGAAAACCUUACGUUUGCA